UUUUCCGUUGAAGCAUCAUCGAACCCUUCCACUCUCCUCUCCCUUUCUAAAAUUUCUUUCCCCCCUCUUUUUCUUUGGGGAAUUGUCGCGCAUUUUAAUUCGCAAUUUGUGUUCUUCGAUUCGGAGGAGAACGACGACGACGCAUGCGAGGAUUAGGGUUUCGAUCUCGCACUCUCCGAUCCUCUUUUUCAUCAUCUUCUUCCUCCUCCUCCUCCAAGCAUGCGAUCGGAGCGCAACUCCUCAGGCAAAGAAACCCUAGCGCACAAACCCUCGCCUCCAAUGGUAUUACCUCCCAAUCACCUCCUCCGAACUCCGACUUUUCCAGCAAAUUUUGUCAUAAACGAACGAAAUCCAUCGACCCAGUUCGUAUCUCAUCAAUUCUCUCCCAAAAAGAUUGGUUUUUGAUGUUAAAUGCAGAGUUAAAAUCAUGCAAGGAGCACUUGGAUCCCCAGUUGGCAGUAAGGGUCUUGCAAAAUGCGGAGAACCCUAAUUUUUCUCUCAAAUUUUACAUCUGGGUAUCGAGUUUCAAUGAGGGUUUAGCGAAGGAUCGAUCGGUUCAGAGGGUUUUAUCAGAUUUGUUAUGGAGGAAAGGCCCUGUAGUUUUAACUCUCUCCUUUAUGAAGGAGAUUAAGAGCUGUGGAUGUAAAAUUACAGAGGAUUUAUUAUGUAUAUUGAUCUCUAGUUGGGGUAGAUUCGGGCUCGCAAAGUAUGUUAAUGAAGUCUUUGCGCAAAUGGCCUUCUUGGGCUUCAAACCGAGCACUCGGAUUUACAACUCGGUAAUCUCGGCUUUGGUUAAGGCGAAUUCGCUUGAUACGGCUUAUUUCAAGUUCCAACAGAUGAGUUCGGAUAGUUGUGCGCCGGAUCAUUUUACUUAUAAUACUCUCAUUCACGGAGUGUGUAAGCGUGGUAUAGUCGAAGAGGCUCUUCGGUUACUUAAGCAAAUGGAAAGUUCUCGACUUAGCCCUAAUGUGUUCACGUACACCAUACUAAUCGACGGGUUUUUCAAUGCGAAUAAGGCGGAGGAGGCGUUUCGAGUUUUGAAUACGAUGAGGAGGAAGAAUGUACCUCCGAGUGAGGCCACUUAUCGGUCGUUGAUUCAUGGCGCGUUUCGGUGUUUAGAACCGCAAAAGGCGUAUGAAAUGCUAAGGAGGUUUUUAGAAGAAGAUCAAAUUCUUCAAAAUUAUGCAUGUAGUACUGUUCUGUAUUGCCUUUCAAAGAAUGGCAUGGCAAAAGAGGCGAAAGAUUUUAUGAAUAAAAUGGGUCGAAGAGGUUACUUUCCGGACACUGCUACGUUUAAUGUUGUGAUGGCUUGUGUUCUAAAGGGAUCGGGAUCGAGCGAAAUGUGUGGGUUGCUAGAUGAUUUUAUUAAGAAAGGCGGAAAACCUGGAUUUGAUUCAUAUCUUAUUGCUAUUAAAUAUUUGCUAAAGGAGGGCAGGAUUUUAGUGGCUGAUGGGUAUUUGAAACAAAUGGUUUUGGAUGGACUUUUGCGCAGUGCGGUAUCCUAUAAUAUGUUGAUCGAUUGCUUCGUUAAAGCAGAAGAGAUGGACAGGUCGAUGGAGACACUUAAGGAAAUGCGCGAGAAUGGUUUUUCGCCAAACAUAGUGACGUUUAAUACUCUUAUAGGUGGUUAUUCGAGGAGAGGGGAUGUAAAUAAGGUGAGAAAUGUCUUAAAGAUGCUUCUAGAACACGGGUUUAAGCCCGACGUCGUUACUUUUAGCUCAGUUAUUGAUGGGCUUUGUCGGGCCCAUCAAAUAGAUGAUGCUCUUGAUUGUUUUAGCGAAAUGGAAGAAUGGGGUGUUUCUCCAAACUCCCUCACAUACAAUAUAUUGAUCCGUUCUCUUUGCGCCACUGGGGAUUUUCGCGAGUCAUUGAAGCUCUUUAACAGGAUGAAGGAAGGAGGAAUUAGUCCCGAUAUUUUCUCUUUUAAUGCUCUUAUUCUAAACUUUUGUAGGAUGAAGAAGGUAGAAAGAGCCCAAAAUCUUUUCGAUGCCAUGUUGAGAUUCGGUGUGGUUCCAGAUAGUUACACAUACAAUACUUUAAUUAAAGCUUUGUGUGAUGAAAGGAGAAUCAAAGAUGCCAAAGAAACUCUACUUGCUAUGGAGGUUAAUGGUUGUACUGUGACUUCGUAUUCAUACGGCCCAAUUGUAGAAGCCCUUAGUAGUUUGGGCCUGUCCGAAGAAGCCCAGGAGUUCAUCGAUAAAUAUGAAAAGAAGGAGAUUACUUUGAGGUCCUUUCCCGGGUUUAAGGUUGAAUCGGAAAAUGCUCACAAAGUUGUGAACUACUGAUUCGCAAGAUUCAUCUCGUUGCAACAGAAGGCAAAUAUAUAUUUCUCCUUCGAACAAGCAGCGGCGCUGUUUGACUAUAGAGUAUGCAUACAUGAAGUUCUUAUGUCGCUUGGGCAUUUGAGAAUUUAAUGAGCUAAUGUUUCUGAUCCUUAUUCAGGUUGCAUUCAUUACAGGACAAGAGCUUGCAUGAAGUCCCGCCCUCUAGAAUGUUCUAAUCACAAACAAGAUUUGGAUCGAAAUGUUGAAGGGGAACAAAGAUUUACUCUUUGAAGGAGGAGAAGCAGUAAUGCUGAAACAUUGUAAAUCUGCCUUCCUAAAGAGCCCUGAUUCGGGUGUUAUCCCGGGAAGAGUCCUGGUUUGAAUUUCUGCAUGAUCCCAUUCUUUCAGUUCAAACUUUGAAGGUUACAGCUUUUGACAAGUAGCCUCUUGCUCACUGUUUUCUUGUGGAAUAAUGCAAUGCAAGGAAGAGAAGAAUAUCUUAGUUUGUCGUCUUUCGCAUUUUUCGUUUUAUUUUAAGGUUAUAGGAAGAAAACAGGGUUUUUUUUGGGGGUUUUUAGUGCAAUAGUCCUCUUCUAAAAUUUUAUUUUCAAAAUAAAUAUGUUAAAUUUUUAUUUGUA